AUGACCCCCAUCCGAAAAUCGCACCCCAUACUAAAAAUUAUUAAUAAAUCAUUCAUUGACCUUCCAACCCCAUCAAACAUCACUGCAUGGUGAAAUUUUGGCUCACUUCUAGGAAUCUGCCUACUAGUACAAAUCCUAACUGGCAUAUUCCUUGCUAUACACUACACCGCAAACACAAGCCUUGCAUUCCCCUCUAUAGCACACAUCUGCCGAGACGUCCAAUACGGCUGACUUAUUCGAAACUUACACGCCAAUGGCGCCUCCUUAUUCUUUAUCUGCCUUUACCUGCACAUUGGGCGGGGCCUAUACUAUGGCUCCUACUUAUAUAAAGAAACAUGGAACAUUGGUAUCCUUCUACUAUUCCUAGUUAUAGCAACAGCCUUCGUGGGCUACGUACUGCCAUGAGGACAAAUAUCUUUUUGAGGGGCCACAGUAAUCACAAACCUCCUCUCCGCAAUCCCAUACAUUGGCACAACGUUGGUACAGUGAAUCUGGGGAGGGUUUUCCGUAGACAAUGCAACACUCACGCGCUUCUUCACAUUUCACUUCCUCUUGCCCUUCGCCGUCCUAGCCAUAGUAAUACUGCACCUCCUGUAUCUUCACGAGACAGGAUCUAAUAAUCCCGCAGGUUUAAACUCCAACCCAGAUAAAAUUCCAUUCCACCCAUACUUCUCAUACAAAGACCUAUUAGGCGCAGCACUAAUAAUCACCCUUCUACUCUACUUAGCCCUUCUCCAACCACAACUACUUGGUGACCCAGAAAACUUCACCCCCGCAAACCCCUUAGUAACACCCCCCCACAUCAAACCAGAAUGAUACUUCCUAUUUGCCUACGCAAUCCUCCGCUCAAUCCCAAACAAGCUUGGGGGAGUCAUAGCCCUAAUCUUAUCAAUCGCCAUUCUACUUAUCUUCCCACUAACCCACAACGCAAAACAACGAAGCAAUAUAUUCCGGCCGCUCGCACAACUAAUAUUUUGAGCCCUCACAACUAAUAUCCUUAUCCUAACCUGAAUCGGAGGGCAACCAGUCGAAGACCCAUUCAUUUUCAUCGGCCAGAUCGCGUCCAUCAACUAUUUCGCACUCAUUCUCCUACUACUCCCCAUGAGCAAUAAAUUAGAAAAUCAACUCAUAAACCACUAG